AUGUUUGGAGGGUUUAGCGCCAAUAGCGGCACCAGUGACAAGGUCCAAUUCGUGGCCGGCAACUACAGCGGCGUCGCGCACGACUCGGACGACGAUAUGUUCUGUGACGAGCCCAAUGUGGUACUCACGCGAUCGUCACCCUCUCCGCACCUAUUGGCCGUAGCGCCCGUCGCUCGUGUAGCUGAGGUCAAGGAGGAAGCUAUGCUCUACGACGGCGCAAUGGUGGACGUUGGGUACUCGACUACAGUCAAGACAGUCAUUGUGCCUGCAGUUAAGCCCAACGGCACAACUGGAGGCGGCUUCUCGUCCAUCUCCGAGCGCUUCCCGCUCUCCAAGGUGGGAAAAGUCAACUGUGGCUUGACGAAACAAGUCUUCUGUACUCCCCAGGGGCCCAAAAUGCAGCUAACAGCUUCUAUUCCCAUGAGUCGCUUACUCAACGCCACACCGGAGAUGACACAGAUGGAGCAAAUGACUGUGCUAAUGGAGGACGGUACGGUGGAUGAAAACACCAUUAAAGCUGAGCCGGAAAGUGCAACCACCGCAACGUUCGUAGUAGGAUCCAAUAGCGUGCAGCAGCAAAUGACAGUGAUGAGCGACGUGUACCGGUACCAGGCUACUGACGUGGAAGAAGACGAGAUGGAGCAACUUCGAUGGAAAAUUCAUCAGCAGGUUUUCCGGCGAUACCUCAAGCAAGGACAGGAGUUCGAGGAAUGGGGAAAACUGGAAGUGAAAGAUUCCCGGGUGUUCUUCGUUCCGGGUGGACGAAGGGAGAACAUCAUCGCUGAGAAGAGGUUCCACGACAACGCUGUCCGAGACGCUAUGGGCAAGGGGAAUGCCACGUGGGUCAAGGUACGACGUGAUCAGUUCGAGGCCGAAGUCCGCCAAUUUUACCACGAGGAAACCAAACACAAACAGGAGUUGAUGCUUUCGCGUCUUGAGAAAGUGUCUCCGUUCUCCCAAUUUCCGAUUCUUGGCAACCGAUUUCUUUUGCUUCGAUUGCGAGGGAAAGGAGGCAACGGAGAAGUUUGGGAUGUCGUCGACUACGCCAACAACAAACAGCUCUGUGCUCUCAAGCUCUCCACUUCAAUACGGCACGCUCAACGCGAACACCACACACACUCGAAACUCAACCACCCUAACAUUGUUCAGGUCGGCGAAGCACCCUUCCUUAUCCGAUACCAGCAACAACAGUACACUGCUUUCACUGUUGCUAGCGUCCAGUCAGAUCUUCAGCAACUCAUUGAGAUGUACGAGCAUUUUGAUGAGGACUCUGCAUACAAAGUACUCUCCCAGCUUCUGAGCGCGCUCAAGUACUUGCACGAAGACAUGGACAUUGCUCACUACGAUCUGAAGCCGUCGAAUAUUCUGAUCGACCAGGGAGGGUGUGUAAAGCUGACCGAUUUUGACUUGACUCGCGACGCCAAGGCAGCCACCUCCAACUCGACCGUUGGCACCUUGCGAUAUCUUCCUCCUGAGUGUUUCCGCCUCAACCGCAGUGACUGUGAAGCUACGGCUGAGAAGGCUGAUAUGUGGAUGGUUGGCAUCGUGUACUGCAUGAUGGUAACUGGAAAGCACCCGAUCUGCCCAGACAAGUCGACACACGCAGAAGUGAGAGCGAUGAUGGCUCAAUACACGGGCGACCUUCGAUAUGCGCGACCAAUAUCUGAUCUGUCUCGGUGGAUCUUACAAGGCUGCUUGCAUCCGGACCCGAGGUGUCGACCAACGGCCACACAGUUGCUGGUGGCGCUCCAGAACGUGGUGCCGCAGCAGUAGACCUACGCGUUGAGCAGCCACAUUACCGCGAUGAGGCUGCUGUAUAUACCACGAUGAGCAAUUUGUCGUAUUUUGAGCGUGUACACUAGACGUACGGGUAAAUUAGCUGUCACUCGCGAUGUGGGAUAC